AUGCGAAGGAUCCGUGCGCUCCCCAUCUCCUCCUGCCGCCGCCUCACUCCUUCCACCUUCUCCGGCGACCUCCAAGGAAGCCGCCACCGCCUCCUAUUUCCUCCCCACCGGUCUCAAUCCUCCUCUCCUCCCUUCCACCGCGUCAGUGGCGGCAGAGGCUUCGACGGGGAGGAAGAAGAACAAGAUGAUGAUGAUGAAGAGGAGGAGGAGCUUGUCGGAGGAGGAACACCAUCGCCGGAGGAGCUCGCCGGAGAAGUGGAGGCGGUGCUCUCCUCGCUGGAGGGCUUCGAGUCUGACGGCACAGCGGCGAGGAACCGGCUGGAGCAGAGUGGCGCCGCCGCCUCACCGGAGCUGGUGCGGGAGGUCCUCUCGCGGCUGCGCCACCGCUGGGCCGCCGCCUUCACCUUCUUCCUCUGGGCCGCGAACCAGCCGGGCUACGCUCACUCCCUCCGCGAGUACCACUCCAUGGUGGCCAUCCUCGGCAAGAUGCGGCGAUUCGACACCGCCUGGUCCCUGAUCGAGGAGAUGAGGAGCUCCAGUCUGGUCACCCCUCAGACCCUCCUCAUCCUCCUCCGGCGAUACGCCGCCACCCGCGACGUCGCGAGGAGCAUUAGCACCUUCUACGCCAUGAAAAAGUUCGGCUUCUCCCCUGGAAUCGAGGACUUCCAUGGCCUCCUCUCCGCGCUCUGCCGGUACAAGAACGUGGCCGACGCCGAGCACCUACUCUUCUGCAAUGAGGCCGCCUUCUCCCCCCUGCCGACCAAGAGCUUCAACAUCGUCCUCAAUGGCUGGUGCAACGCCGUGGGGAACCUCCGGGAGGCGAAGAGGUUCUGGAGAGAGAUGGGCCGGCGGGGGGUCCAGCCCGACGCCAUAUCCUACGGUGCCAUGAUCUCCUGCUACUCCAAAGCCAGCAACCUCCGCGACGUCCUGAAGGUUUUCGACUCCAUGAAGGAUCUGGGCAUCGAACCAGACAGGAAGGUGUACAAUGCCGUGGUGUACGCCCUGGCCAAGGGGGGGCGCAUGAGGGAGGCGAGGAGGCUGGUCAAGGCCAUGGAGGAGGAGAAGGGCAUCGCCCCCAACGCCGCCACCUUCAAUUCUCUGAUCAGGCCGCUGUGCAAGGCCCGCCGUGCCGGAGAAGCUCGGGAGAUGUUCGAGGAAAUGCGCAGCAGGGGGCUCUCUCCCUGCGUGCGCACCUUCCACGCCAUGUUCGACACGGUGAAGACCUCCGACGAGGUGUUCGAGAUGCUGGAGCUGAUGAAGCAGGCCAAGUGCCCGCCGGCAAACGAGACCUAUAUCAUGCUGAUCAGGAAGCUCUGCCGCUGGCGGCGCCAUGAGAGCGUCGCCAAGCUCUGGACGGAGAUGGCCGCCGCCGGCGGGGGCCCCGACCGGAGCGCCUACGUCGUCUUGAUCCACGGGCUGUUCCUGAAUGGGAAGUUGGCAGAGGCGGCUGAGUUCUACGAGGAGAUGAAGGUCAGAGGGUUCUCGCCGGAGCCGAGGACCGAGGAGAUGAUGCAGGCGUUUUUCUCCGGCAGAGAUUCCGGCAACCCGCCGGGCGGGGGGGGCGCCGCCGCUGCCGUCCCCCCUCCUGCGGACCAGCGGGAGACGGGAGGGCGGUCGAGCCCUCGCUGCAGGAACUCCCUCAGCAAGCCGGAAGAAAGAAGCGUCACCAGAGAACGCGGGUUCUCCCUCUGGAACUGA